GCGCCAGCAGCCGCUUUCCACCGAACGCGGCUCCUGUGAGGAAAACGGACAUUAACCUACGGUUGUUCUGGCUGCUGCCAACAUGAGUGACCUGGAUGGGUUCGCGAGGGCCCUUCUCCAGACCUGCAGCCCGACUGCUCCUGACCGUGCCCCAGGCGACCCCGACCCACACCGGUACCUGAAGCUCCGUGAGGAAACCGAGUUGUCCCAGGUGAUGGCGGAGACGGGGGAGGGAAGCUUGGAAGCCGUCGCACUCCCACAGCCCCAGCUUCCAGAGGAGGAGGGGGCCUCCCACGACCCCGUGGGCCGUGGCCAUACUCCCCAGGUCCGAGGCGUUGGGGAUCGCGGUGACGGAGCGACUAAAGCGGGGCUAGAAGAGGCCCCGCCUCCCGCCGAGGCUCAGGAAGCCGAGUCUGUGUCCAUGGCAACGGACAGCGGCCUGCGCCACGGCUGUCCGCUGGGUGAGCAGCGCUGCCCCGGUGCAGAGCCGGCCUUAGAAACCCCUGGCGCAGACGGGUCGGGGCCUGAGGUGGGGGCAGCGGCGAAGGCCGAGGAAGUGAACACCAUCUCCGUAGCAGUGGAUGAGGAGGUGGUGGAAAAGGAAAGAGUGGAGGGGGAGAAAGCAGUGGAGCUGGCGAUGGAGGUAGAGAAGCCAGUGGGUGAAGAAAUAGAAAUGGCGGAGGAAAACAGAGUGGUGGAAGAGGUGAUGGAGGGGGCAGAGCCCCAGCCUCUGAAUAUGAAUCUCCGCAUGAACCCCCUGGAGGCCAUUCAGCUGGAACUGGACUCCGUUAAUGCCCAGGCUGACAGGGCUUUUCAGCAACUGGAGCACAAGUUUGGACGGAUGCGUCGCCACUACCUGGAGCGGAGGAACUACAUCAUUCAGAACAUCCCGGGCUUCUGGGUCACUGCCUUUCGGAAUCAUCCCCAGCUGUCCCCCAUGAUUAGGGGCCAAGACGCAGAAAUGUUAAGAUACAUAACCAAUUUGGAAGUGAAGGAAUUCAGACACCCGAGAACUGGCUGCAAGUUCAAGUUCUUCUUUCGAAGAAACCCCUACUUCAGAAACAAGCUGAUUGUCAAGGAAUAUGAGGUCAGAGCCUCUGGCCGAGUGGUAUCUCUUUCCACUCCAAUCAUCUGGCGUCGGGGCCAUGAACCCCAGUCCUUCAUUCGCAGGAACCAAGACGUGGUCUGCAGUUUCUUUACCUGGUUUUCAGACCACAGCCUUCCAGAGUCUGACAGAAUUGCUGAGAUUAUCAAAGAGGACCUGUGGCCAAAUCCACUGCAAUACUACCUGUUGCGUGAAGGAGCCCGUAGAGCCAGACGUCGUCCAAUAAGGGAACCAGUGGAGAUUCCCAGGCCCUUUGGGUUCCAGUCUGGUUAAACUUUGUCCUUGGGACUAGGUCUCCUAACACUUCUUGCUGGACAACAGAAAUGGGUAUGCUGUCUACUUUUAUGUUUUCUUGACAUUCCGGCAACCUUUUUUCUCUGGACAUUUAGUGUUCUCAAUCUCAAGACAGACCUUCAUGGCCAAGCUUCUCCACUUCUGUACAGCCUUCAUGCUGUUCUGCAUCAGUAUCACAUGCUGCAAGGCCAUGUACUGCUAAGCCAAGUAAAUGAUGCUUUAAAUUUCACUGCCUUUAUCUGCACUGCUUAAACCCUAUUUGUUUCCAGAGCCUUUGGUCUGGCUUUUACUACCUGGAAUUCUAACUUUGUCUAGGAGCCCAUUCUACCCACUCUGCUCUGCAGUGCAGGCACGUAGCCUAUGGACACUUGCAGGUCAUUAACCAAAUAAAGGGAGAGCAGCAGUGGGCCACUUGGUCUUGGUGAUUUAUGUGACCAAUGUUCCCCUUGCACCUCGGGUCACCUCCUAUCGUUGCUUGCUUCUCGCUGUGCCCACCCCUCUUGGCUGUUGCCUAUUGAAUGAACAUCUCACUGUCAGCCCCUGUCAUUUCUGAUAAAGCAGGAUCUCCAGAACUGGUGGUGGACACAAGUUUUCUGCAGCACAAGUUUUUUUUCCAGCCCUUCCAUUCCUCUACCCAGAAGACAUCUCCUCAGUUCCUCACCCCCUCUUUUCUCCACCCCCAUCAUCCAUGAACCCUACUGUCAGGCAAGUGGUUGGGUGACAAGUUAGACCUUGUCUUCAUGACAAGGGUAAGGAUGGUGUCCAGGCUUUUCAGCCUCAACUAGUGAAUUCACACAAAACUUACGUACUUCUUUGUACCUCCUUUCCUUAUCCUGAAAAGGAUUGUCAGGAAAGCAGUAUAUUUUCUUGGUGUGUGUGUCUUAUCUAAAAAAAAAGAAAAGAUAGCUUGGAAACAUCUGCAAAAGCAGAUUAUUUUAGUUAAUUUGGCUACAUGAUUUACAUGGAUGUGUUGUCCUGUAAAACAGACUUCCAGAGCUCUUAUUUCCCUCUGCUUUCUUCCCCAUCUUCCAUCCCCCAACAUCUGGAAGGUUUAAAGGCAGAUAGAUGGAAUGAAAAGUGUUAUCUAAUUCAUAAUGUAUGAAGAACUAAAGAGAUUGUGAUGGGUACCCUAAACGGGGAGGUGAACAAAAGACCAUAGGCAAAAAUGAGCCAGAUAAAAAUUGGGCCUAAAAUUAAGACUGGCUGACUGAGUCUUCAAGGAAAAGAUUUUUUUCUAUGUUAGUGGUGAUGGGAGGAGAAAUACUUAUUCUCAGAAUUUCCAGGGGAGAAUUGAAGAAUAUUGGAGUGUUAAAUAUGUUGCCAAGAGAAGAGUUCUUUAAAGAAACACAACUUUGGAAGUUUUCUCUUUUCAUUUGACUUAAUUUAUGCAGAAAAUUAAUGUUGUAUCCUUUAUUUCACUAGUAUUUAGUAAAGUCCAGUUAUUUUCUGUGUUUCUGUUUACUGAGCUGUACAGGCUUUCUUCGCUUUCAUUUAGCAACAUUUAGAAAAUAACAGUCUUACUUUCCAGUAUGAUAAAGCCUUAAAUGAACAUUCAUAGUGGUUUUCAACUUGUUCUUGUUUCUGUCAAAACUGUAUUCUUAGAGAUAUAAAUAACUUGGUUUUGUCAGAUUCUCAAGACUUUGGAAAUUGUCCUCAUGGAAAAAAUAACCUGGAAAAAGAACAUGUGGCUUGAUUGUCACUUGGUAAUUUGCCCUGGUAACAAUUUAGUAAUUGAUGUGUCUCUUUUCCUAAAAUAGCUUAAAUACUUGGGAGAUUCCUAUGUCAAAUUGGAAGUGUACCAUUAGCAUAUUUAUCUUUUCUUAUAUGCAUGAUGUUAAAAAUAAAAAGCACGUUACUCUGUUAGAGUUCUUAUUUUUCACCCUGCCAACAAACAUGCUUGAAGAAAUUAUUCAAGAUAACAGAUUAUGGAAUAUAAUAAAGUCAUUAAAUGGAUGCAACAGGCAUUAUCCCAAAGGUGAAAUAAAAUAUGGUACACCACCUGUACUUUACAAGGUAGGGAAGGAUGUUGCUUUUGUUUGCUUUAAAAUGUCAACAAUUGCAACUGCUUACUCAUAAUGUCACUUUUUUCCCCAUACAGUUUGUGCAGCAGCCCUCUACCCACUUCACUUCUUUAGAGCUCCCAUUUCUGUCUAUGUAGAUAAUAGUCUCAGAUUAUUCAGGCUCUUUUUAGUCAU